AUGUGGUGUUUUGAUCCACGUUCUAAUGCAUGGUCAGAGUUAUCUUGUAUCGGUUUCAUUCCUUCCGCACGAAAGUUUCAUGGUGCUGCCAUCGUGGAUGAUGUUAUGUAUGUAUUUGGCGGUAUGACACAAGAUGGUCAAGAAUUAGGAGAUUUGACAGCUUUUAGGAUAAGUAGUAA